UGUCCGAGGGGUCUUCCGCAAGUGACACUCAGCGGCACCAAUCGACUUCCUCCUUCCCGGCGGCAGAGCCCUCCUCCCCGCGGCCGGCCUGGCUGGGCGGGGACGCUGCGCGGCGGCGGCUGAUGCGCUAGCCAAGUGGGGCCCUCCGGGCGGCGACGGCGGCUCUCGUAGGCGGUUCCGGUCCUGUAUCUCCGGGCGGCGGCGGCUCAUGGCGGCGACGGAGCUGAGAGGAGUAGUGGGCCCGGGCCCGGCAGCCAUUGCGGCCCCGGGCGGCGGCGGCGGCGGCGCCGGUCCCCCCAUGGUGGGAGGAGGCGGCGCCGGCGGCCGCGGAGACUCGGGGCCGGGCUCCGGGAUCGCCCCGGGCACGGUGGCCGCGGUGGCUGCGGGCGGCCCGGGCCCCGGGGCCGGGGGAGUGGCGGCGGCGGGCCCGGCUCCUGCGCCGCCGGCGGGGGGCUCGGGCGCUGGGGGUUCGGGCUCGGCUCGCGAGGGCUGGCUCUUCAAAUGGACCAAUUAUAUCAAAGGCUACCAGCGGCGGUGGUUCGUGCUGAGCAACGGGCUCCUGAGCUACUACAGGUCAAAGGCAGAAAUGAGACAUACCUGCCGUGGUACCAUCAACCUCGCCACAGCCAACAUCACGGUGGAGGACUCCUGCAACUUCAUCAUUUCCAACGGGGGUGCUCAGACCUACCAUCUGAAGGCGAGCUCGGAAGUAGAGCGGCAGCGCUGGGUCACAGCCCUGGAGCUGGCCAAGGCCAAGGCUGUGAAGAUGCUGGCAGAGUCAGAUGAGUCAGGAGAUGAAGAGUCCGUCUCACAAACCGACAAGACGGAGCUGCAGAACACGCUGCGGACCCUGUCCAGCAAAGUGGAGGACCUGAGCACAUGCAACGACCUGAUCGCCAAGCACGGCACGGCACUGCAGCGCUCGCUCAGCGAGCUGGAGUCCCUGCGGCUGCCGGCCGAGAGCAACGAGAAGAUCAAACAGGUCAACGAGCGGGCCACGCUCUUCAGGAUAACGUCCAACGCCAUGAUCAACGCCUGCAGAGAUUUCCUUGUGUUAGCGCAGACCCACAGCAAAAAGUGGCAGAAGUCCCUGCAGUAUGAAAGGGACCAGCGCAUCCGCCUGGAGGAGACCCUUGAGCAGCUAGCAAAGCAGCACAAUCACCUGGAGAGAGCCUUCCGCGGAGCCACGGUGCUGCCGGCAAACGCCCCUGGCAGCGCUGGGUCUGGUAAAGGUCAGUGCUGCUCUGGCAAAGGAGACGUGAGUGAUGAGGAUGAUGAGAAUGAGUUCUUUGAUGCUCCUGAGAUCAUCACCGUGCCUGAAAAUUUGGGCCACAAACGUACUGGCAGCAACAUCAGCGGAACCAGCAGUGACAUCAGCCUUGAUGAACAGUACAAGCAUCAGCUGGAAGAGACCAAGAAGGAAAAGAGAACGCGGAUACCAUACAAGCCAAACUACAGUCUCAAUUUGUGGAGCAUCAUGAAGAACUGCAUCGGAAAAGAACUCUCCAAGAUCCCCAUGCCGGUAAACUUUAAUGAGCCCUUAUCCAUGCUUCAGCGCCUUACUGAAGAUCUGGAAUACCAUGAGCUGUUAGACCGAGCUGCAAAGUGUGAGAACUCUCUAGAACAGCUCUGUUAUGUUGCAGCUUUCACCGUGUCCUCCUACUCCACUACUGUCUUCCGUACCAGCAAGCCAUUCAACCCACUCCUUGGGGAGACCUUUGAGCUAGACCGAUUAGAGGAGAAUGGCUACCGAUCCCUCUGUGAGCAGGUGAGUCAUCAUCCCCCUGCGGCUGCACACCACGCUGAGUCCAAAAAUGGCUGGACAUUGCGUCAGGAAAUCAAAAUCACCAGCAAGUUUCGAGGCAAAUACCUCUCCAUUAUGCCCCUUGGUAGCAUCCACUGUAUCUUCCACGCAACUGGGCACCACUACACUUGGAAAAAAGUUACCACGACAGUGCACAACAUUAUCGUGGGCAAAUUGUGGAUCGAUCAGUCUGGUGAAAUUGAUAUUGUGAAUCACAAGACAGGAGACAAGUGCAAUCUUAAAUUUGUUCCUUACAGCUACUUCUCUCGGGAUGUAGCAAGAAAGGUGACAGGGGAAGUGACAGAUCCAUCAGGAAAAGUUCACUUUGCCCUUCUGGGCACGUGGGAUGAGAAAAUGGAGUGUUUCAAAGUACAGCCAGUCAUCGGGGAAAAUGGGGGUGACGCUCGGCAGCGAGGCCACGAAGCAGAGGAAAGCAGGGUCAUGCUGUGGAAGCGGAAUCCUUUACCGAAGAAUGCAGAAAACAUGUACUACUUCUCAGAGCUGGCUCUAACUCUCAACGCCUGGGAAGCUGGCACGGCCCCCACAGACAGCCGAUUACGGCCUGACCAGAGACUGAUGGAGAAUGGGCGCUGGGAUGAAGCAAAUGCUGAGAAGCAGCGCCUGGAGGAAAAACAGAGACUUUCCAGAAAGAAGAGAGAAGCCGAAGCUAUGAAAGCCACAGAGGAUGGCACGCCCUACGAUCCCUACAAGGCACUGUGGUUCGAGCGGAAGAAGGACCCCGUUACCAAGGAGUUAACCCAUAUUUAUAGGGGAGGAUACUGGGAGUGUAAAGAGAAACAGGACUGGAGCUCGUGCCCGGACAUUUUCUGAACCGGCCGUGACGAAAGGAGGAGGAUCCCAAGGAGAAGAGGACAGGAUGCGCGGGAAAGCUGGCAGUUGUGACUCUCUUACGGAGAGCUUUCCUCAAGUUUGUCUGUCUUAACCAAUCAUUUUUUCCGAAUCAAUCACCAGAAGCAGACACCGUUGGUGGUGAUUGGCUGGUUGCCUUAGCUGAUUGAAACUGAAAUCGACCUUCUAGAUACUGUGUGUGUGAGGGAGAGGCGGCGUGGCCGAGUGUUAGUGUCGCCCCACCUCUGCAGAGUCUCGUGCUCCUGACUCUUCCCUCUCCCUCAGCCCCGGUUUGAGAUGCUGUCCCUCACCCGCCCCUGACAGAGCCCGCCCAGCCAAGACCUGCGGAAGAGGAUGGCGCGGGGGCGUUCCGGUGCUGUUCAGAGCGAGAGCUGAUUCUAGAGCUUCCCUUUAAAAAGAAACACGUAAGGCUUACCAACAGAGGCAUUGUGAAUGCUCGUGGUGGAGCUCAGGCGUGACGUCAUGAAGUGUUCACAAAUGGGGUCAAUGUAACGGGGUGUCCGUGCGGAGAACACCGUGGCACUGGAACACUUGCGAGAGGGACUGUUUUGCAAGGCCGGGACGUUCAGAGUUAAAUUCUUGGAAGUUUUGAUCUUCACUCGCGUAAAACACCCUGCUGCUGUUCUCCAUCUUCUUUGACAGCAACCAGGGCCACUUGGGUGGUCAGUAGGAGGGUUGCGUUAUCCUCACAAAGGGGUUUUACGGACUUGCUCAGGCGGAGAACUUCUGAGAACACCAGGCGGGAUGGAAGAAGACUGCUGGCCACUUUCGCUUUCCCCGUUCCUCCUCACCCCCAUCCUUCAUUGCCUUUCCUCUCUUCUCCCUCCACACAAUACUGAUGCGGGCUUGUGCCCUGUGGAGCAAAGCAUUACCUGUCCCAUUCUGAUAUACUUCAGAAUCUGAGCGAAGGAGUUGAUCUGGAAUAAGUGUUCACCAUCUCUCAAGCCCCAAGGACUGGAGCCACCCCUGGAAUAAUGCGUUAAGUAUCUGUAUAUUAUAUAUAUGUAGAGAAAAAUCUAAUUUUUCUUUGGUUUGAUUUUCCUUCUUCCCAUUAAGAAUCUUGAUUUUUGAUAUCACUUGUCUCUCUUGGA